AUGGCUGCGCCCAGGAAAGUGAUUUUUUUCUUUAAAAAAAGUGUCAAAAUUCUGCCUGAAAUGCCAAGCUGCUAGGUUGAUGAACGGGCGGUUGCUUAUAUAUGUGUUAUGAAGAAUUACAAUCAGCGGUUCAAAGCGAAAUCGUGGCCUGCACUGACUAAGAAAAUCACCAAAGAUUUAUCAUAACAAAUCUAUGUUUACAUUUUGAUUUGAUUUCCUUCCCCAAUGGCAUGCCAUGAUGGACACUGAUGCUGCAUGCACUGGCUUCAGUUCACUCCUACAUUGCUGUCACCAUUCAUGUUUGCCAGCGCAACCAAUGUUGGCAUUGAUUUGCAUCACUCUGACAUUCUCCUGAUGGCUAUCUUCAUAACUAUUUGAUUCGUCGACCGCCAAGGAUCAGUGAAAAUGUUGUUCAUGUUAGUUGUGAUAUUAGCCUCUGUGCUAUUCGGGAUUGUAUUGACCCUAGUUGUUCAGGCUUUUUUCAUUCGAAAGUAUGUUGGAGGCCUUCCAAAGUUGGAAACACCAGUCAAGGAGCAGUUUGAUAAAUUCACACUUCCAAAGUCCAUCAAGGAUCUUCUGGAUGAUGUUGACUUGAAGAAUAAAAAGGAAACAUGCAACUCUUUAAACCUGUUGUUCCAAUUCAUAUUCAGAGAGUUGAAGGAUUUACCGCCAGUCAGAGGGUGGUUGAUCAACAAAAUGAAUGCAGAAUUUGACGAGAUGCUCCAGACAACAACAGGCAAACUCAUGGACCAAAUCACUGUACGUGAUUUCAACAUUGGAGGACACUUCCCAAUCGCCAAAUGGUUCUCAGUAAAGAGUGCCACACCUCAUGCAGAUAAUCUAAGUCUAGACGAGUUGGAAAUACUAGUUGAUCUAGAGUACCAUGGUGGCUUCCAAAUCUCUGUGGAUGUGGAUCUGGUGUUUGGCAAAUCUGCAUACCUCUCUAUCAAACUGUCACAUCUCAGGGGAACUGGGCGUUUACAGUUGUCAAGACAACCAUUCACGCACUGGUCAUUUGCAUUUAUUGAUGAUCCAACUAUAGAUUUUGAAGUUGAAUCUCAAUUCGAGGGACGUCCCAUGCCACAAAUUACAUCACUCAUCGUAAAUCAAAUACGACGCAACAUCAGAAAGAAGCACACGUUGCCAAACUACAAGAUCAGGUUCAAGCCGUUCUUUAUCAAAGCACAACCUCCAGACAAAGUGGAGGAUUACUUUCUGUACGGCCGUAAGCUGACCAUUGGCCAUCUGGACGUGACUGUCACGGAAUGUACUCGUCUACAGAAAGUGUCUGCUGAUAGUCUAGUAUUCUGUACAUUAGCCUUAGAUAAACUGCCAUGGCAUGAAUUAAUGACGAGCCGUCGGAAACUCUGGAUGACCCAUGACAUUGAGAUACUCAAGGGCACUACUCCAUCUCUUGGUUUACUCUUCAAGGAGGAAUUCCUCCUGGACAAAUAUGAGGAAGUUGUGAUAGUUGAGAUGGUGACGCCAAACUCUCCAGCCAGUGAUGCUGACAUCCGUAAAAAUGAUGUUAUCGUUGCUGUGAAUGGGAUAAGAGUGACCUCUAUACGACAGGUUGUGAAACUCAUGAAGCAAGGUGGUGAUAGAUUUUCAGUACGAGUAGAGAGGGCCUCUGUCAAUAAGAACUUUGGGCAGGAUAUCAUGUUUGAGGAGGAUCGUGUCCUAUUGAAGACAGAUUCAUAUACUGGUGAUGGUGAUUAUGACAAAGCUCUGACAGACGAUGAUGAAUUCAUCAAUAUCAACAUCCGACCGGUUGAUCCGGAAAGAUCACCACUCCCGAAUCGCCGGGAAUUUAGCCCACCUAAAGAUGAAAAGUCUCCAAAACGAUUCCCAUUCCUCAGUGCUGCGCCCGCAUUAUUCCAAAGACGGAAAUCCAAGGAUAAUUCUGGGGCUACAGAUGGUAGCCCUGUGCCUUCACCUAAAACAAGUCCAGAACCUGUACGAAGGGCUGUGCCUCCUUCAGUUGACUCUUUACAUCGUGAUGAGUUGGGCCAGGGUAGUGGACGGCGGACACACAGUGAAGGAUCUAUUCAAGUGCCAACAAUUAAACAGGAGACCUGCAAGCUAGGGACAGAAAGAAAUAACAGUUUCUGCUCACAGCCUGGUGAGCUUCCAAAUCGCCUCCAGGGUGUAGACAGCACCAGCUCUUACAUGGAUGAGAUGGCUGCUGUUGAUCUCCGUCGAACGACCCUUGUGCCAUCGUCCCUGGAGCCAUAUUGGGACGAGAAGUUUGAGUUUGAUGUGGAGGAGGUGCAUCGGUAUCUAAACGUUUGUGUUUGGUAUCGCACACCCGAGAAACUGGACAAACAUGACCGUGUGAUUAAGCCUGAGAAAGAUCUCCUCUUAGGACAUUUAAGCGUGCCCCUGAUGGAUAUUGCCUCUCAAUGUGCUGGAACCCUUCAGGGAGAUGAUCAGCAGGUCUACUGUCUCUCACCCCCUGAACACAAAGGUGGUGCCAGUCGUUCUAAGACGGCUAUAGCAGCUCAUCCUGGAUAUGAAGAUAAGUUGGCUCACGGAGACAUCACGCUGGCUUACCACUUCUGUCCAAAGCCACUUUCAGCUGUGAAGGAACACCCAAGUACUCCAGAGAAACGACUGGAGAAGUUGGAGCCAUUGCAUAACUUCAGUGCCACCAGGGAGGAGUUGCUGACUGGUUAUGAAACUCAUGGGAAAAGGUCAUUCGGUAAGCAACCUGAAGGCCGCCAUGAUUUCCUUGGGACGCAGUUCCAUUCUGCCACCUACUGCCAUUUCUGUGCAAAGAAGAUCUGGUUGAAAGUGGCCUUCCAGUGUCGGAUAUGUGCCAUGAUAUGCCAUAAGAAGUGUACAGAGAAAUGUCAAGCUCAGACCAUAUGCACAAAGGAGGGGCCUAUACCCAAGUUCCCACUUCCCCCUGAAAUGGGGGGUAAAACUGAUAUUAAAGACAUUCCUGUGGAGAAAACAUCCUCGGGACCACUUCAGAAAUCAGCUGCGCUGUUAUCGAGAUUCACAAAAAGGGAUUCGCCGAAGUCGGGUCGAAAAUCAUCAGGCAAAACUUUGGUGAGCUCUGCCAAAUCUAGCCCGCAUCGCACAAGCCUGGCAGAAGAAGAGGCUUCUUCAACAGAAAGACGACGCCACAACUCGGCUCCUGAUGAAAAUAAACUUGAGACGAAAGAUGACCAAGCUAUACCCACCCAUGCCACACUGGACCUCCCCAUGGCUCUGCCACGGACGCGAUCGUCAACGUCUUUUGAAGGUUUAUUGAAGGACAAUGCAACACCGAGUGUUGGUGAAAACUUUCGUAAGUCUGAUGAUGAAUCCUCCAGUAACAGUUCGGAAGAUGAAGAAGAACUGAUGAUGUUGCAGAAACUCAAGGAGUACCAAAAGGGAUCGCAUGAUAAGGACGAACUUGUUGUGACAGCGGCAAAACAAAUGGGCAAGGAGCUCUAUUCACAUCUGUCACUGGAAGAACGCCGGGAAAAAUUGGAUGCAAUGAUGUCAUUGUUGGGAGAGAACCCAGAGGUCACAAAAUUUCAGAAUGAGAUUGACACCGAAUCUGAGAACCGAGCCGAGUUAGCACGAAUGGAACGGGAGGCAACUGACUCGGCACAAAAAUCAUCAAUUCGGUCAAAGAUCAAAAAGUCUGAUGAAAAGAUUCAAGCACUCGCUGUCCUGAUGUUGCAUUACUGUGCUGGGCUGCAGCAUUGCCUUGACAACAUGGAGGAGGAACGGCUCAAGAUGGACGAUACGGGUUGUGUGGGAGGGGCAACUGCGGCAAUGUGAUUGAUCUCUGAUAAUGAGGGGAAGGGAUGAUAUGACAUUGGGGAGAUGCAACUGAGAGCUGUGAUGUUCGAGUUUCAGAAUUGUGAUUUAUGAUGUAUCUUGAGGGGGGUGGGCUUGAGGCACUUGAAGCUGUGAUGUGCAUGCUGGAUAAUGGACUAUGUAAACAAUGUCUUAAUGGACGUGUAAUACUCAGUAAGGUUACUUUGUAGUGUAUUAUUACUGAGGGACCGGUUGGGGUUUGUAAAUGCCCCACUCGGAUGAGAAAUCGGGAAGAAAAUUUAUCGGGUGCAAAAGUGAGCGCUCUGUAGGAUUUGGGAAGGAAGGUGGUCAAAGACCAUCCUCCCAUAACUGCCUGACGGCCUUUGGACCAGGCUCCCAAAUUACACUCACAGGCGAAAUUGGAGUCCUCCUAUAACAUCACCGUGAUGCAAUAAUCAUGAUAGUAUGCAUACACUGCCAACAAAAUCAGCAUUAGGUCACAAAGUUUGUAUAUAAUAGGAUGAUUCACAAUCCACUUAUAUUGUAAGAAAACGUGACUUUAUACAAUUCUUUAAUCGAGAAAUAUGAGAAAAUAGAUUUUCAUGAAACGAUACACUUUAUUGGUAGCUAUUUGAUCUCGCUGACAGCUAGUCUAUUCGACUUCAAACUAACUCUUAGAUUUUCAAUGGAAAUAUUGGCAAUUCAGACAGUUUUAGGAUAUCAAUCUGUCCACUUUGACAGCUGUAGUUCUGUGUCAUUUUGCAUGCACUUCUUACCUUAUAGUUUAUAUUUCAACAUACGGCCCAAAUUCAUAAAGGGCGUUUAAGGGUUAGACAUGUACAACUUCUCUCUAAUCAGUUUCAGGGCCUAUUCAUAUUCUGUGAAGAUUUGCAUGAAGGGCCAGAAUCUGUCUAUUCAGUAGUUAAACGCUGUUUUAAGCUAAACGCCCUUUAUGAAUUUGGCCCAAGGUCUUUGAGGCAAUAUGUUAGCACGAUUCGUGAACUAGAUGAAUUAGAUGAAUAACCCAGUUUUGAGGAAUUGUAGUCAAAUAUGGCUGUUUCUUCUUUUUGCCCACUCUUUUCACAAAUUAUAUCAUUGAAUUCUGGUUUAUCACUUUACAUGUAUCAACUUCAAAUUUGAAAGGAAGUGAAUUACUUCUUACAAAAGUGUGUAACGAAAUAAAUAUGCGAUGCAAUGUGAUGUGAUGUAAGUUGCAAAUUUAUAUGUAUUGGAAACUCUAUUCGUAGAUGAUUUUCACUUUGUAUUUUCAUCAGAUUUUGACUUUAAGUCCAUGACAGGAUCACGUUUUCUUCAAGCAGUUUGAAAUGAUUUCUACUGUUUAGAAUGUUUAAUUCAAGUAUCAGAGCCCAAAAGAUAAUGAUGCAGACAUAACGUUAACGAUUGAACUAUAGUUUUAUUUAAAGAAAAUUGAACCUCCACAGGAUAUGAAGUGAUACGGGAUGUGUCCUCAGGCCUAUGAUUUUUGUCACUACAAAUAUUUCUCGCCAUGUUAUAUUCUGUUUCUGUUUGCUGACUGUGAGAUACUGUGCAAAGCAUUCCAGCCAUUACUUGCCCUCUCUGUUUAUCUUUGCUUAUUUGCCUUGCAAUUAUGUUGGACGAACGUGUACAAUGCAUCCCUCAAUUAUUUAGUAAGUUUCAGUUCUAAUCUACAUUUGCUUGAAACACAACAUGCAUAUAUUUGUAAAUAGAACUGUAUAAAAGUCACUGUCUUGCACACAUGAAGAGACAAACACUUUAGAAAGUAUUGAAAACUAUAUAGAUGUGAGGAAGAUUAUGGCAUAGAGUUUAUAAAUGUAUAUGUACAUUAUGAGAAGCUUUGUACAUAUGAAAAUGUUUUAUACUGGGUGUUGUACAAAAAGUUUUUCCUUUUCAUCUGAUUGAUAGUUAAUUAAUGAACUACUACAUCGAAGUUUCAAAAUAUUGGCGUGCCAAUUCAGAUUAAGAAAACUUGGUGUAUCAUUUGAAUAUUGAACAUCUUUUCAAUCCAAAAACUCAAGUCUGCAAAAAAAUUCCACACAAAAAUUUUCUAACAUGGCAGAGAGUUCAUUUUGUGAACCUGUUUCUGCGGCACCUAUCAAGUGAUCAAGCUUCCAAAUGGUGAGACAGUGACUGUUGUUGGCAAUUCACUUGGUCCACACAAAGGAGGUUAUGAGAUGAGUUUGCUGUAUAUGUAUAUUGAAAUAAGAUCUAUCAUGUUAAGUUGAGGGAAUUGUAUUCCACACUUGUGCUAUAAAUAGUCAACCACACUGUAUAAUACUGAUUGACAUGUAUGUAUAUUUGUUUUUAGAAGAUAUAUUUUUACACGCACAAUCUUUCUGUUUGUAAAACAAUAUUGGCGUUGUGACACUGUGUCUGGUUUUAUUAUUCUUGACCUUUUUGUUAUGUCUUAGUAUCGCUAUGCUGCUAGAGAUUUUGAUGUUAAAGGGACAGGAAUAUAAAACUUCUGUACGGCUUCUGUCCCUUCGAAUAUUUCAGUGAAUACGAUGAUCACCUCCCAAUGAACUAAAAGUAACCCCUACAUGUGUACAAAGAUCUCAACACUUGGAAGUGAUGAGCUAUUAAAAAUCUGAAUCAUAUUGUUGAAA